AUGCCGACAGCCAGGGCUUAUAUGAACGACCUCCUGUUGGCGGAGGCUGAUUCAUGGGAGACUGUUGAAGGGAACGUAUACUUUCCACCGUCCUCUAUCAAAGAUCAGACAGUGUUUAUCAAGUCUGAUACGAAGACAUUCUGCCCUUGGAAAGGUGAAGCGGAGUACUAUACUAUCAAAAUUGGUGAUCAGAGUGUCCAGGAUGCAGCGUGGUAUUAUGCCAAUCCAUAUGAGAAAGCAGCGAACAUCAAGGAUCAUAUUGCAUUCUACAAGUCCAAGGUUUCAGUAACUGUGGAAGAGGGAUGA